AUGCCACCAUCAUGGCGUGAUGAAUUCUCCCAAUCACUUCGCGACCGCGAUGAACGAGAAAAAGCUUCAUACUCAAUAAUAGACGACGACAUCAUAAACGCUUACUCCGAACUCCUCGCCCGAACCACCGCACUCGAAGCAGAAAAAGAAGCAGCGCUUGAAGCAGCAGCAUCUGUAACCCCCAAGCAAAUCGAGGUCAAGUCCCCAAAACCAGGGACACCGAAAUCGCCAGCUCGAAGUGCGACGCCGACGGAUGUCCCAGCGACGGCGCAAUUGAAGAGUGAUCUUGCGGAAGCUCUUCGCUCUAAUAGUAGUCUUCAGUCUCGUCUGAAGAAUGCUGAAGCGGAAGUGCAACGCUUGCGCACGAAAACGAUGCAAGAUGCUAAGACGCUGGAUAAAUUGAAUCGGGAACGGACGCAGUUGAGUCAGAAGACUAAAGAUAGAGAUGAGGAAUUAAAAGGGAAGGCUAAGUUUUUGGAUGACGCUCAAGAUGAAAUCAUAUCCUUAAAUUUACAACUUAAUAUGUCAGAACAGAAAAACAAGAAGCUAGAGACUGACAAUAACGAUUUGGUCGCCCGAUGGAUGGAAUAUAAGGCCGUAGAGGCCGACCGAUGGAAUAAAACGCUGCAGGAAUAG